AUGGGGUCGGCGAGCGACAUGGGAUCGCGGCGGGUGAUGGAGGACGCCGGCGCGAUCGUCCGCGACCUCAUGGACUUACCGCUGGCUUCCCGUCCGGGUCGAUGGAUAGUCCCCGAUGCCUUGACCCCGUCGUUGGCCCCGCUGUUGGACGAUGCCAGAUUCGGGCAGGGGCGAUCGGAGUUCGCAUCCGCGCCAGGAUCUGAUCGCGGUGCGGGAAGUGGGGAUGCUGGAUCGACAGGAUCGACAGGAUCGACAAGGUCGACAUCUUCAAGGGUUGAAAAGUUCGCGUGCCAUUUCGUGGGUGUCUUCGAUGGCCACGGGGGGCCGGAGGUGGCGAGGCAGGCGGCCGCCAGCCUGCCCCUGCACGUGAGGAGGGCGUUUGAACAGCGGCUGUCCAAACGGCGUGGCGGCUUAUUGGCGCCGGUUUCUGAAGAGUCGGUGGCUCUUGGGCUGGAGGCGGUGGCGGACAUAGUGCGACUGGCGUUUCAAACGAUGGACGAGGAGCUGUUGGGGAAGGAAGAGUGCAAGAGGUCCGCGGCGGAAUGCGUGGGGUCAACGGCGGUCGUCGCUCUAAUCAGCAGGUCAAUGUUGUGCGUGGCCAACUGCGGGGACUCGAGGGCUGUGCUGUCGAGGGGCGGGGUUUCGUACAGGCUCACGCGGGACCACAAACCGGACUUAGAGGAUGAGCAGCUGAGCUCAUCCUCUGCUGUGGUGCCGCACACCAACCGAACGCGGAGGGACCUACCCUGA